GCAAAUGCUAACCAUCCACCAAAGAACACACAAAGUCUCAUUUCCUUCAACAAAAACCAGCGAUUUUGCUCUUUCAGAGAGAGAAAGAGAGAGAGAGAGAUCAGAUAAUCAUCUCUGCAGAGAUUGAGAAGCAGCCAUGGGGAAGGAUCUGAGCGAAGAUCAAGUGGCUUCGAUGAAGGAGGCAUUCACUCUCUUCGACACAGACGGUGAUGGUCGUAUUGCCGCAUCGGAGCUUGGGAUUCUGAUGCGAUCUCUCGGUGGAAACCCUACACAAUCGCAGCUCAAAGAGAUCGUCGCACAGGAGAAUCUCACCUCCCCUUUCGACUUCCCACGCUUUCUCGAGCUGAUGAAGAAACACAUGAAGAACGAGCCUUUCGAUCGCCAGCUCCACGACGCUUUCAAGGUACUUGACAAGGAUUCUACCGGUUAUGUCUCCGUCACCGAACUCCGGCAUGUCCUUACCAGCAUCGGCGAGAAGCUUGACCCUGCCGAAUUUGAUGAGUGGAUUCGUGAGAUCGAUGUUGGAUCCGAUGGUAGAAUCAAAUACGAGGACUUCAUCGUUCGCAUGGUCGCCAAAUAAUGUAAUGCUUGCUGUUUCUGUUGAUAUAUACAAAUCUUCUCCCUAAUCGAUUUAUUCCCGCAAGUAGUUUGCAAGCUCUGCUUUCUCUUAUGAUGUUUUUCUGGUUUGGGUUUAGGAUGUCCUUCUUUUAUGAUUUUCAAUAGUAGUCGUGGUGUUGUUUGAGGAUAUUUUUCCCCCUAUUGCAAAUGUUGUUGCUGGUUCUUUUGGGGUUUGGUUGAUUGGCGUUUGAACUAUUGGCCAUUAACAGAAAAUUUUUAGGCAUUUCGUUUUAUUAGGGUUUGAUUUGUGUCCAUACUUAUAGGCACUGUAUCUUGUUUUGAUAGAUUGGGUUGUGUUUAUCAGCUGGUGUGAACAAUUUCUCCGAUUGUAACUCCAUGGAUGCAUUUCCACAAUUUAUUCUUUGUUUGGUUCUCUGUAUCA